AUGCGCGCGCUCGAGAAGGGCGAGCCCGUGAGCGGGCGAGUCGAGGUGGCGAACCGCGGCGGCCUCAUCCUCCGCAUCUUCAACGGACGCUUCCGCGCGUUCCUCCCGCUCUCGCAGAUGACCUCAUCCAGGACCCUCGACGUCAAGCGCAGCAGGAAGAAGAACGCGCCAAAGUCCGCGCAGGUUGGUAAGGUCAUCGAGGUGAAGGUCACCGACGUCAACGACAAGAAGAUCGUCGUCUCCGAGCGCGCGCUGGUCCAGGAGCGCGGUGUCAAGAGGCUCAAGCCCGGCGUCCGAGCAUCCGCGCAGGUUGUCUCCCUCUCCGAUUUUGGCGCCUUUGUGGAGCUCUCGCAGGACGAUCCCCAGGCGCCCAGGCUGGAGGGACUCAUCCACAUCUCCGAGCUCUCGUGGUCCAGGGUGGCGCACCCGCGCGACAUCCUGCGCGUGGGCGACGAGGUGGACGUCAAGGUGCUCGACGUCGCGCCGGCGGAGGGGAGGAGGCCCGCGAGGGUCACGUUUUCGCUGAAGCAGCUCCAGGCGGACCCGCUGCUGGAGACGCUCGACACGAUCAUGCCGGUGGCGAUGCCCGAGCCCUCGGUGGACGAGGACGAACUUUUGGAUACCCCGCUCCCGGGCCUGAUGGACAUCUGCUCCAACCUGCUGACGGAGGAGGGCAUCGACGCGGUGAUCCCGGGGCGGCAGGCGGUGGAGCAGAGGGUGGUGAGCCAGGAUCUGGAGCUGUGGCUGACCAACGUCGUCGUCGAAGACGGGUACAACCUGCUCGCGCGCGCGGGACGGCAGGUUCAGGAGAUCCACGUGGUGACGAAGCUGAGCAGGGACAGCAUCAAGAUGGCCAUCAAGCGCGCCACCAGCGCGCUCAAGUGA